AUGGAAGUUCAAACGGUCGAAAAGAAACCCAAUACCGGAAAACAAACAGUGACGGCGACUGAGGAGACGUCUUCAGUGGCUGAACGUACCAAAGAGGUGACCAAAGACACGGCCAACUCGCAUCUGGAGCAGAAGGCCAAGAGCGUGCAGUCGGAAGAGUCGACCAAGUCGGUGUCGGAGUCGGUAGAGAAGCUGGCCAACGGUGGCGUGAAAAAGAAGACGGUAAUGUCCUCGUCGCAACAGUUCUCGUCCGAGGAAUCCUUUGAGGAGAGCUGGUCGUCCUCCGGGCCUGUCAUCACCACCACCGUGCCCAAGCAAAUCGAACAAUAA